GUUCUUGGACGACUGCAACCAGUGGCCAGAAUGUAUCGAUCGGCACUGUUUUUAGCAGCGGUGGUGCUGUUUAGUGGGAUCACCGCAGAGGAAGCUAGCAAGAAUGUUACUUCCGGAGAAAGCAGCAAAUCGGUCAGUCCAGGAGAUGAUGGCAAAGCUCUGAAUCCAGCUGAUGUACUUGAUUAUCUCCAUCCAUACCCGGUUGAUUUCCUGCACAAGAGCAAAAAAUACUCACUUUUCUGUGACAACAAAGUGAAUUACAUUACCGCAUGGCGUAAAUGCAUGGACAUUAACCAAGAACUGGCAACAAUUGAGUCUGCCGAAGAUAAUUUGGCCUUUCUGGCUGCUGUAGGAUCCUACACUGACUAUGUACUGACCAGCGGAACGGAUUUGGGCAAAGAAGGAUCGUGGAUGUGGUUGGUCAAUCAGCGUCAGAUACCGGGCUGGAAUCAGUUUUCAGCGUGGGACAACGGUGAACCGAAUAAUCAAGGACCAGAAGAUUGCCUCGUCGGUUUCAACAGAGAUGGUGUUCUCUAUUGGAAUGAUAUUCCAUGUGGAAACGCAUACUGUUACAUGUGUCAGGAAUUAAUUUUAUAAGUGUUGUCAUUUGUGAUUGUUAAGACAGAUUUAAACAAUAAAGCUUGAGUUGGAAAAAAA